AUGAAUUUGGAAGAAUUUUUGGAGUUUUUGGAAGAAUCGGAUGAUGAUGUUGAUUCAAAUCCAAAUAACCAGGCUAGAGAAUCCAUUAAAAAUGAACAUAUCAAUAAAGAUAUUGAUUACAAUGAAAUAUACAACAAACUAGUUCACGAGGAACUGUCAAAUGAUUCUGAUUCACUCGACCUCAAUGAUUCCUCAACCUCCAACAACCAAUUAAACAAGGAUAAAAUCACUAAUGGCUCCGAAGAGGCCUCUGGCCUGUUAACUGAUGAAAGUUUUAACAAUGAUUCAAUUUCAACAUUGCCUAUAGAUAAUACCAUCACCUCUUUGUCGUUAAGUACUUCUGACGGCAAGGUAACUUCGAAAUUUGAAACUAAUUUUGAUUUGUCUGAGCCAGUUAAUAUCGCAAAACAGUCGAAAAUUGAAUCUUCUGGAAAAUCAAACCAACACGAUGUAAAUAUUUGCCAAUGUAAAAUAGAUAAUAAAUUAGUAAAAUACUCCAUUAAAAAUUGUGGAGAUCUUUUCAACGCAGUGGAACAUUGCGUACAAAUGCAACUCUCAGAAUGGGAUAACAAACAUAAGCUACAUUUAAUUAAUAAAUUAAGAGAAUAUAGAAACAAAUUAAAUAACUACCAUGAAGAAUCAUCUAAAUUUAACUCUACAGAUGAUUCAGGUACACUGGAAAGACUGAUCCCAGAUAUCUCUAAAGAUUAUUUGAAGGCACUAUCCCUACCAUCUACAACCUUAAUAGAUGAUUCACACAAUACCAAGCUUAGCAUAAGGUGUAGACAUAAGCUGACCACAUCAUUAGAGUUGUUAAAGAUAUUUGAAGACAGGUUUUACUCAAUUGAUGACUCAUCUAUAAAUCGUUCAACAAAAUCACCAGGGAAACUUUUAACUCCAACAUGCGUAUGUACAAGUAGUGAUUUAAUAAUAUUUGGGACUAUGUGCGGAUCAGUUUUCAUCUCUGAGUUCUCACUCUACAAUUCGGAACGGAAGUUUUGCUCCUACAAUGAAUACGAUGGAUUGGACUCGUCUAUAGACCCACUUAACUGGUAUGAAAUCGAUUCGGAGAAAGGAGUGUCAGUAACGUCACUCGAUAUUCUGCCAAAUACUAGUUGGAUCACAGUAGGAUAUAGUGAUGGAACGGUUAAAUUACUGCAGAACUUUAAGGUAACAAGGCCACCUAAAGGUCAUUCUUCAUUGAAAGCUGAGACAGGAGACUCAAAAAAUGCAGAUAGUAGAACAUUUGGAUUAAUGGCAGACGCAGUAUCCUCAGCAUUUGGUGGAAUUAAAAAGACAAGCUCACAAACACUAUGCUCUACGGAUGUUUUCAACGACUCCGUGUUAAACUGCAAGUUCACAUUCGCAGAGUCAUACGAAGAAAUCAUUUGUUCAAACUUAAAGAGUAUAGCAAUACUGACGUACUCAAAAAAUGUGCUAUCUCACAACUUAAAUGUAAAUUAUUUACAAUCCUUGAAUGAAAGGUUGGAAAAUGACCAAGUUGUGGAUAUAGUGUGUCUAUCCUCGAACCCUCAGGCAAAAUUUAUCACAGGAGGAGACGUGGGUGGAAUUUGUGCAAUACUGACACUUAAAACAUGCCUUGUCUUCUCAACCAGGCCAAGAUUAUCCAUAAUAAUCAAUGUUUCCUUGGACAAACUUAACAGGAAUGUGAGCGCUGACUUUAACCAAACACCCAGCGUAACAUGGAUGAUAUUCAAUACCGGAAAGAAGAAUAUCAAACCUCUGUUACUAAUUUCGAUGGGAAAUCAAAUCAGAUUUAUUCAGUGUAAUCUGCAAACGGUGAAAGGAGUUCCUAGCAUGAAUGUUUCUAAUAUGGGAACAAUACAGUUUAGAAAUCCAAUACGAUGUAUAAGGAUAGUGACGAGACUGAUACUUGCAAUAGUGGAUUCAACAAAUACACUACACAUAGUACAAAUUAAUUUAAACACACUUCAAAUGUAUUAUGACAUUAUAAGGAGUCUUGAUUUAACUGAUUUAAGUACUAAAAUGGAGCUGGGGAUCGAUGUCUUUGAUCCACUCUGGCUACUACAGCCGAGUAUCCUGUCGACGAUUACAGUGUUUUCAAAGACAGUUAAAAUGGUGGCUAAGGGGUACAAGAAGUUUUCUAACCUCGUUUCUGACCUAUUUCAAGGAAAGAAACAUACAUCCUCAUUUGAGCUGAAAAACUUCAGCAUCCUCAUACUAGUCCCAAAUGGAGUUCUCGGAAUUGAAAUCAACUCCUGGAUAAAGGUGAUAGGGGAACUGUCAGCAUCAAAGAUGUUCUGUGAGGCACUUUCAAUAAUAUACGCUUUGUCAGAAGAGUGGAUACCAGGAUUAUUUGACUUCAGAGCAUUUAAAAAUAACUUGAGCCAGCUUAUUUUAUAUAUUCUGCACCAGUCGUCAGCCCACAUAAUAAAGCUGUCAAAGUUGGUUAACGAAACGCAAAAUAUCUCUACAAAUUUACUUAAUUUGGAUUCAGAGGCACCAAAGGAAGAUUACUGGAACACAAAGGUUAAAACUGACGUUUAUGACCAGAUUAAUACUUUGUGUUGUUCAAUGAUAGACAUCUGUGUUUCCUCGAGGCUUUACGAGCCGUUGAAUGAUUUGAUAUUCAGGUGUUUUGCAACAAUUGACCUUGAACAUGUUUUUGUAAAAUAUAUACUUCUAAAUGUACACAACACCAGGAUUGGAUUGGAGUUCCUCAACUCUCAAAUCAUAGAAAGCAUAUGCAAAACAUACGAAAAUGUCUUGGAUAGUAUGUACACUCACUUUUUGGAGGAUCACUACUACCUGGAAGAUGAAAUACUAUACCUUAACCAAGUUAUUAAUCCCAACUUCGCAAUAAAUCUUAAAAGUAAAACGUACAAUAAUUGUGAAAAGUGUGAUAUUAGUAAGUUAGAGGUUUGCAAUUUGAUACAAAAAUUGGUUGAAAACAUUGAUUAUGGCGAUUUGGGUUACUUAUUUAAGAAGUUUAAAUUUGACCAUAGACUCCUCUCAUACCAUAUUAUUUGUAAUAAUCUUUGUAAGAUCCAGUUUUACUGCUUUAAGAAUAAUGUUAUAACGGAAACUAACAAGGCAAUAAAUAGACUCAGCAGGCAUUUUUCAUGGCACUGUCUAAUUUAUUGUCAGUCGGUGGUGCUGGACGACUACUCCAAUGUCUUAGACAUAAUAAUAACUCACGCAUAUAACAAGUGCAAUGAACUGAAAACACAAAUGAGUGUUAUUUCAGAAAAUGAGAAUGAGUCUAGUAAAACCAUAGAAGCUGACGAAACAGAAACAGAACCAGACAACCCAGAUACGCAGGUUAAUUGUGAAGAAGAGGAUUCAGAUGAAUUUGAGAGUGAUAUUAGUAGUUUAAAAAAUGAAGAAAAUGAAUUAAAUAGUGGCAUUUCGAAAUCGGAAGUUACACUCCCAUUAAAGUUGUCAGAGAAUUUGUUUGUUGUUCAGGUGUUGUUUUUGACACUGGAGUCAUUUCUUACAUUCGAGAACUGUGGACUCACUGAGACCAUCGAUACUAGCAGUUACUGUAACAUAAUCUCAUAUCUCACAUCCACUGAAGUCUUUAAACCAACCUUCCCAAUAGACUCUAGACCAAUUUAUGCCAGGAACACACUAGUUUACGAUCCUGUAACUAUACACUUUGAUGAGAUAGAAUCACAGCAGUUUGAAUAUGAUUUUAAAGAACCAGAAUCUUCAGUGAUAUUUAAGCUCCUGUCUAUAUCCCCAAGGCUGUUCUUUGUCUGUUUAGAAAACCUGUUCAAUUGCUCAGAUAAGUUCGAAAAUUACUACACAGAGAUAGGGACUAAAAUGGCCACAUUUAAUUUUAUCCUCAAUGUUGUGGUUUCUUGUGUUUAUAAAUUAGAGGAACUGUUUGGGUCCGGAUCCGCUAACAUGAUUUUGAAGAUGUUGUCAUUUCUCUUUCUCACUGUGUCUUCUAGUACGGAAUCUUUUUACCUAAAUUUAAACACCUCGAUCCUCUCAAUAUAUAAGUUGUUGAAGCUGAAGAAUGAAUUUCUGGACUAUAACCCUGAUUUGAAGGUUGAAGUAGAUUAUUCCAAGGAUCUGAUAGACCAAGAAGGCUACUUUAACAUCACUUACUUCCAGGAUGUGUUUUACAGAAGUAACCCAGUCUUUGACCAGGAAUGCGUGAUGAUUGUAACUCCAUUAUCAGUUGAUAAGGUUGUAUUCACAUUUCUGAGAAACUUUAUAUAUUCAAUAUCUUCAAAACUAACAUCGAAAUCUGAUUUGUGGAAUAACCUGGAGUUCACCCAGCUGGUGAGAAUGUGCAAGGAGUUCAUAAGCUUUACUAGUUUCUCACUAAGGUUCUUCUUCUAUCAAAUUACAGGGGAUUUUGACGGAAUAAUCAAAGAAUACGAUGCACUAAACAGAGAGGAAAACAUCUUCACAUUUCUUGAUAAAUGCAUUGAAUACAUAAGGUCGAGUCCCCAGGCCUUCCCUGAGAACGUUGAGCACCUGCUUCUCUUGGAUUCGACAAUCAGAAAGAAUUUCGUAGGAGCAGUAAUGAAAAAUUUGACAAUUCUAAUCAAGCUAGACUUAAAUAAAGUAACCAAUCUUUUGAUACAGAUAUUCUCCCUUAUGGAUAUUAUUAAAACAUUAGACGCCACACUGGAAACAUCACCUGAGACCAUACUAAACACACUGGAAAAACUACCUGACCUCCAACUACUAGUGUUAGACGCACUCCUAAAGUCAAAGUCAACUAGUGGAAAUAUGCUACAAUUUCCAAAUUCUUACUUUAACCGUUACCUGAACCUUCUGAGCAUACACGACAAGGCUAACGUGUCUAAUUUCCUCAAGAGACAGAAAAGCCUAAAUAUUACCUACUGUUUGAAGAUAUGUAAACAGAAUAACAUUGAGGAUGCAGUAAUUUAUCUUCUCCUUCGAGCUGGAAACCUUGAGGCCGCAGUUCGUCUUCUGGUUCUGUCGUUCUCUAACAAUAUUAGUAAAGACCUGAGGGUAUGUUCAACACUAAUUAAGACCGCCCAAAGCAUAUGUCAGGAGUAUGAAAACCAACUCUCGUAUGAAAUAAUAGAAAGAAUGUGGUUCACAAUGUUGAAAUCGUUGAUUCAGUCAUUAAAAUCUGACGAACCCAAAAGUGGAGUUGAACCUAAAGAGGGUUUAAACAACGAUGCUGUUAAAAUUAAUGGAUCUGAAGAAAAACCUUAUGAUAUUAAUAAGGAAGAAGAAUUGAAAAGGUUGGUUGAGGAAAUAUUCUCAGUGGGAGUUUUAAAGUACGUGAAGUUUCCAAAUGCUUUGAGAGAGAUUACAAAGUAUGACACAAGUCUAGAAAUAUUCAAGAAACCUCUUCAUAACUUAUUGUCAGAUUUUCAACUGCAGACUUAUAUAGCAAACAGUGCCUCGACGAUGUCUAAAACAAUAAUGAACAAGGAGUUUAGAUCAACACAGAUUUUUAACAAUAGAGGCGUAGUGAUUAACACCAUUGGCAGAGGUCCUAAGAUUAACCGAAAUUUAAUAUGCCAAGUUUGUAAUAAAAGCCUUAUUUUCAACUUGAAUCAUGACCCUGAAAUCAUGUAUAAAGAUAAACAUAGAGGCCAGAAACCAUUUUAUUAUGAAGAUUUUAAGAUUUCAAACCUUGAGGAGCAAAUCGGAUUAAUAACUCAGGUCCCCAUUCAAGGCAUGAAGACUAAUGUUCCUGGUUCCUCAGAAAACACUUCAGUUAACAAAGUAUACAAUGAUAGGCUUAGUACCCUAGUCACUAAGAAGACCAAGGGUUCAAAGACUUUCAGUUCAUCAAGUAGUUUUGGCCAAUAUCCUUCCCUCAUUCAGUCGAUUUCUAGAGACUUAUCAUAUUUCAGAAAAGAUCCCAUUAUAGUUUUUUGGUGCAGUCACUCGUUUCAUGAGAAAUGUGCCCCUGUUUCUUGUCCUAUUUGUAACAUAGAUGAGUAA